CGCUCCGGGUUCGCUCCGUUUCCGCCUCGUCCCGCCGGGGCAGCGGCGGCUCCGCGGAGCGGCCGCGACCGAGGCCCGAGCUCAGGUGUGAUCCCUGCCACUCCUGCCCAGCCUGGUGCCAUGGCUGACAUGAUUUUUGGGAGCGGGACGGGCCAGUGGGUUUGCCCCAACGACCGGCAGCUGGCACUGCGAGCCAAGCUCCAGACGGGCUGGUCAGUGCACACAUUCCAGACUGAGAAGCAGAGGAAGAUGCAGGCUCUGAGCCCAAAGGAGCUUGAGGUCAUUCUGGAAGUCAUUCGCAAGGCAGAGAAACUGGACAUCAUCGAGCAGCAGCGCAUCGGGCGCCUGGUGGAGAGGCUGGAGAACAUGAGGAAGAACGCGAUGGGGAACGGGCUCUCGCAGUGCCUGCUCUGUGGGGAGCUGCUCGGGCUGCUGGGCAGCACGGCUGUCUUCUGCCAGGACUGCAAAAAGAAAGUUUGCACCAAGUGUGGAAUAGAAACCAUUGGAGCCCAGAAACGUCCUCUUUGGUUGUGCAAGAUCUGCAGUGAACAGAGAGAGGUUUGGAAGAGGUCUGGGGCGUGGUUCUACAAAGGGCUGCCCAAGUACAUCACACCUUUGAAGAGCAGCAGCAAACCCAUUGAGCUGCACUCGCAGCCGUGGCAGAGCGAGCUGGCCAUGCCGGAGUCGGAGAGCGUCGGGACCAGCCGAUCCUUCACCUGGGCCAGGGGAAAAGUGGUUUCUAGUGACAGUGAGAGCGACUCGGAGCUCAGUUCCUCCAGCCUGGAUGACAAGCCUGUGCCUGUGGGGUCAAAAGGCUCACAAGGGAGAAAGCUCCAAGCAGGACUGGUGCCCACCAGGGAGUCCAGCCAGGCCGUGGGCAGGGCUCUGGGCAGCACCCACUCCCUGGUGCUCUCGGGGAGCCACAGCAGCCUGGGCAGUGAGCAGGGGGCCGAGCUCAGUGCCACGGAGAGCUGCCACAGCGACCACCCGCCCGACGGGCGCGACAGCGACGCUGCCACCCGAGCCCCUGGCAAACGGUGUGUCCACACCAGAACACGAUGCUGA